GUGGGGAUCUCGGUUUGGUUGCCUGAGAAUUCUGAACCUCACUCCAGAGACACUUACAACGGAGAGCUCACUGUGGAGGGAAUUCUCACGGAUUAAGAGACUGUUCGUUCAAAACUCCUUCUUGUUAAUACCUCAGGAUAUCUGAGAAGACACAACCAACAGCAACCGAAACGGAUGUUGCCGCAAAUGUUGAAUCGUCAACUCAAAUGAAGACUUCUUCAGCGACCCGAAUGCGGAUGCUUAUGGCAAAAAAGAAAGUGUCUUGAGUUUUUCAAGGAAGAAAAACAGUACUAUCUAGUGGUGGUAGCUAUUUAUUAAAGAACUUUAGUACGGCCAGUAUGUUGCAGCAACGAGUGUAAAAGUAACAGCUCUAGUAGCCUAUUUUGCCUGUGAAAUACAUUGAUGUUUUCCAUAAUUAGGUAGUUGGCCAGUGCCUUUCGCACGCUUGAACUGUGGUUGUCGUUUUGGGUAGCUAGCACGCUACAAAAUGAAGUUCCGCAAGAGUUAGCUCGCUGGUUAGCUGAUGUGUUAUCCCUAGUUAGCCAGCUAGCUAAGCUAACAACAUAGCAACAUUGAAGUUUUAGGAUUGAUAUACAAGGCGACUGCAGCGCUUUAGGAGGGGUUGUGAAUAUCCCAGAAAAGAAUCGGUGCUGUGCUCCUUUUGCUGAAGACUUGGGGCUUGUCUGCCAAGCUGGUUCUCGAGCCAACGUUUGCUUAUUUCCUUUUCAAACGCCCCCUCCCCCUCCACAGUUAUAUACAAACGCUAGUUAGCUCACAAACGCUAGCUUUCUUCAAGAAAAAGAAAGGAAGAAUUCAACUUGCACAAAACAUUACAUUAGUUCGCAAUAAAGAAUUCGAAAACUUUUAAGUUUGACAUUUAAUCCUAUGGAAAGUGCGUGAUAGAGAUGCAAAUAUAGAUUUAUAGCGUUUGAUUCUGUCAACACGCUUGUCUAGCUAAGUUAGUACUCUACCAGCAGCAAGCUGCCUGCCAAGCAGUCAAAUCGCUAGCUUUCUGUUUCUCGCUUUUAGCGAGCUAGCUAACGUUAGUUGGCUAACUUGCUCAUUGCAAGUUGGGGAACGAGCAAUCGCAACACCCUCUCUGUUGUCAACCCAAGAAAAUGGAGAAGCCAACUUGACGUUGUCGAAGCUGUCAUUUUCGGUAUUUUCAGACGGUCUCUGCUUUUCAAUAAUCAUUUGCUGUUAGGACUAGACAUUUGUAUCAGUUUACUCGAAUGUUUUUUUUUUUUUAUCAUGCACGAAUAUUUAUCCAGCAACUUAGAUAAUUAACCAGUUUGUGUCGCGUCGUUUGCCAUUAUUUAUGUCGUUUCGCAGGCAUUGGACAUACAGGAAGCAACAUCGGAGGCGAUGAAAAUACAGUUGGGCGAAACAGCACAGUUGCUUUUUAUUUUUCUGUAACAGAAUGGAUAUUUCAUUUCAGUCAGUGAAUUUAUCACUGGAAAUGAAGCAACAAAUAGGCGCAUGAGUCGUCCAUUUUCGUGUCUGAUACCAAGCGAGCUGGCUUGCUCACGUGUUAAUGUUUAUGGCGUCGCGUUUUAUUUAGCUGAUUUAGCUGUAUGUGUUUACUGUCGUCUGGAGAGCGUUUGGAUGCAUUUGCUACCAGUGUCUUUGAUGUGUUAAUCUCGCAUGGAUUUUAGUUGCAAGAGCGAUAACCUAAUCAAGAGGAGCCCUGUAUGAAUUGCCCGACUUAACCAACCUUGCGCACCGCAGUGUUUGUCUGAAAUGGUUUUGGAUUAUGUAGCUUGUAUUUUUAAUUUAGCCUAACCGUCAUUUAUAUAAUCAGCUUGCAGGUGGAUAUUUUCAAGAUCGUAAAGCUCCCUGGAGAAGGGGCGAGGAGCAAAAUUCUUAUCAAUUGAAUCAAAGCCGCAACAUUAUCUUCAUCAUUUUCGAAACGGGUUGUCUGUAAUGGCCAUGCAACGUUGUCGUUUGCAGUAGCUAACGGCAUCAAGCCUGUUUUCCUAUGCGAGUUCCUAUUUUUUGGUUAGAUUUUAAGACAUCAAUUUCCCCUUUAGAGUACAUUUGGCGAUGUCUCACAAUGGCUGUUUUUUGAGACCUUGGUGAUCAUUGAGGAAGAGAACUAAAGGCUCAGUUGGAUGCUUGGCCCGAGCUCCUGACUAGCCGCUACUGGUCACGGUUGGACUUUGAUUCAAACGGACCUGACUGUACAUUCGCAUCUGUGUCCAUCCACGACUGCUUCUGCUUCUGGUUCUGUAUCGAUUCGGUCGACCCAGGGCUGAAGAUGGCGGACCUAGAAGCAGUUCUCGCCGAUGUCAGCUAUCUGAUGGCGAUGGAGAAGAGUAAAUCUACUCCAGCCGCCCGGGCGAGUAAGAAAAUCAUCCUCCCUGAACCCAGUAUUCGCAGUGUGAUGCAGAAGUACCUGGAGGAGAGAGAUGACUUGACCUUUGACAAAAUAUUCAACCAGAAAAUCGGUUUCCUACUCUUCAAGGACUUCUGCAUGAAUGAAAUAGACGAGGCUGUGCCCCAGCUAAAGUUCUACGAGGAGAUUAAGGAGUAUGAAAAGCUGGACUCCGAGGAGGAGAGGCUCACACGCAGCCGACAGAUCUACGACGGCUACAUCAUGAAGGAGCUACUCUCCUGUUCACAUCCCUUCUCUAAGAAAGCUGUGGAGCAUGUCCAGACCCACCUGGCCAAGAAGCAGGUGCCGCCCAACUUGUUCCAGCCCUACAUUGUGGAGAUCUGUGACAGCCUUCGAGGCAAGAUCUUUCAGAAGUUCAUAGAAAGUGACAAGUUCACUCGAUUCUGCCAGUGGAAGAAUGUGGAGCUUAACAUCCACUUGACGAUGAAUGACUUCAGUGUUCAUCGCAUCAUUGGCCGAGGUGGUUUUGGAGAAGUCUAUGGCUGCAGGAAGGCAGACACAGGCAAAAUGUAUGCUAUGAAAUGUUUGGAUAAGAAGAGAAUUAAGAUGAAGCAGGGAGAGACCCUGGCUUUGAACGAGAGGAUUAUGCUGUCACUAGUCAGCACAGGGGAUUGCCCCUUUAUUGUUUGUAUGACGUACGCCUUCCAUACCCCAGAUAAGCUGUGUUUCAUCCUGGAUUUGAUGAAUGGUGGGGACCUGCACUACCACCUCUCCCAGCACGGCGUGUUCAGUGAGAAGGAGAUGCGUUUCUACGCUGCAGAGAUCAUCCUGGGUCUGGAACAUAUGCACAACCGCUUCGUCGUCUACAGAGACCUCAAGCCUGCCAACAUCCUGUUGGAUGAACAUGGUCACGUGCGUAUCUCUGAUUUGGGUCUGGCCUGCGAUUUCUCCAAGAAGAAGCCCCACGCCAGUGUAGGUACGCAUGGCUACAUGGCUCCUGAGGUUCUGCAGAAGGGUACGGCGUACGACAGCAGUGCUGACUGGUUCUCUCUGGGCUGCAUGCUCUUCAAACUGCUACGAGGGCACAGUCCGUUCCGGCAGCACAAAACCAAAGACAAACACGAGAUCGACCGCAUGACGCUAACCAUGAAUGUGGAGCUGCCAGACUCGUUCUCGGCGGAGCUGAAGUCGCUGCUGGACGGGCUGCUGCAGAGGGACGUGGCCAAGAGGCUGGGCUGCCAAGGACAAGGGGCAUCAGAAGUGAAGGAGCACCUGUUUUUCAAAGGCAUCGACUGGCAGCAAGUGUAUCUGCAGAAGUACUCCCCACCUUUGAUUCCUCCCAGAGGAGAGGUCAAUGCAGCGGACGCGUUUGAUAUUGGCUCCUUCGACGAGGAAGACACCAAGGGCAUUAAGCUGUUGGACAGUGAUCAGGAGCUGUAUAAGAACUUCCCUCUGGUGAUCUCUGAGCGCUGGCAGCAGGAGGUCGCCGAGACUGUCUACGAGGCCGUCAACAGCGACACCGACAAGAACGAGGCGCGCAAACGAGCUAAGAACAAACAGCUGGGCCACGAGGAGGACUACGCGCUGGGGAAGGACUGCAUCAUGCAUGGCUACAUGUUGAAGCUGGGCAACCCCUUCCUGACGCAGUGGCAGCGGAGAUACUUCUACCUGUUCCCCAACCGCGUGGAGUGGAGAGGAGAGGGCGAGUCCAGGCAAAACCUGCUGACCAUGGAGCAGAUUGUCACUGUGGAGGAGACGCAGGUCAAGGACAAGAAGUGCAUCCUGCUGCGGAUCAAAGGGGGCAAGCAGUUUGUCCUGCAGUGUGAGAGUGACCCAGAGUUUGUCCAGUGGAAGAAAGAGCUGACGGAGGCCUUCACCGAAGCCCAGAAGCUUCUGCGUCGUGCCCCCAAAGUCAUCGGUAAAGGUCGCAGUGGAGGGGUGGUGGAGCUGUCCUCAAAGCCCCCACUCACACACCGCAACAGCAACGGCCUGUGAGCACACACACACACACACACACACACACACACACACACACACAGACACACACACACACACAGAGUCUUGGCAUCCUUUGUUGCGGUCUGCACAUGUAGAGAUAAGAGACUCUCAGGACGCAGGGAGUCAGUCGUCACCUUCUGGGAUGAACUCUAAACACUCAAACUCCUCCAAAAUCAGCAUGAAUCCCAACUGGAUGACCAGUUCAAUUCAACACACACACGCACGCACAGAAUCAUUCCUGUCCUGUUUUGCGACAUCUCGUUCCCACUCCACUGCCUGUGCCAUUGAUGUAACCACGGCGACCACAGACUGCCUGGGCGGAACCACUUCCUCCACUGCUCACGCCCAACAAAAGCAGACAACGCCCCUGACCUGUGACCCCACCCGACCCACAACCUUUAACCCAUGCGCAACCCUUGACCUUUCCCAUGUGUGCCAGGACUCUACUGCACUUGAUGCCCAAAAGGAGCCCACUCUGUCCCCAUGGUUACCCUGUUCCCACCCUUCUUCACUUCCUACAGGAUGCAGGAGAGGGACAAACUUAACGCAUGAUGGAGCAGGGAUGUGGAUGUGUGCACUUGUUUAACAGCAAUGGACGAGAGAGGGAGAGAGAGAGAAAGAAAGCAAGAGAGAGGUUCAAAGAAAUGAGAGAAAGAUGAUGGAGUAUUAACGAAAGAGUCAGAGGGUUUUUGACCGGACACCCUGGGAUCAACCAAAUUAUAACGGGAUGUUUUUUAAAUGAGCUUGUGUGUGUGUGUGUGUGUUUGUGUGCAUGUUUGUCUGUAUGUGUGUGUGUGUGUGUGUGUGUGUGUACUCACAUAGUUUGCAGAUGGGGCAAGAAAGUGAUGUGAAUAUUAAGCAGAUGGACUGUGCAACAGGACUCUCUGAAUGUAUUUUUGCUCAAUUUUUUUCUUUUUGUUUUGUUGCCAUUGUGUUUUGUUUGAAGGAGACGCGUCAAGCUGCUUGAUUCCUCAAUAUGAGACGCCCACGCCCACCCCUCCCCUCCCCUCACAGAAGUGCAUAAAGUGCCAACAAAUAUUUUACUUGAGAGCACCAACGGACACAUCCUCUCACCCCUGAGAGAAACACACACACACACACUCUCUCUCUUUCCUCUCAGAGCGAACUCUCCACACAUCCCAGAGGACUAGGAGCACUCCUCCCCGUUUUUAAACAUCGGAGUGGGUUUUUCCCUUUUUAGUUUUUUAAUUUGUUCCCUAGUGGACACGUCUGAAGAUUUGGGGACCACUAGAAAAGAACCAUACAGCACCCCAGACUCUCCGCUGUGCCUGUAUGUGUAUAUAUACGGUAUAUAGAAAUGUGUGUGUGUGUGUAUGUAUGUAUGUAUAUAUAUAUAUAUAU